AUGGGUCGUUCAAUGAUUGAGACAAUCGACCCUGUCAAUAUCCAGGCUGUCCUAGCGCACCAGUUCGAGGACUUCGACUUGGGAAGCCGUAACGAUUGCAUGAGACCUCUACUUGGCGAAGGGAUCUUUGCUAGUGAUGGUCCAGUAUGGGAACACUCUCGCGCGCUUCUUCGUCCGAAUUUCGUGCGCGCCCAAGUUUCCGAUAUGAACAAUGUAUAUGAAAAACAUGUCUCCCGGCUUAUUCGAAAGAUCCCUGUUGAUGGAUCCACGACCAUCGAUUCAGCCACAGAGUUCCUUUUCGGGAAAAGUGUCGAUACAUUACUCGCCAAUGAAUCAAAUUCUACUGCCAAUUCUACUAGCAAUGCUUUUGCACAGGAUUUCCAAAUAUCUCAAGCCGGGAUACUCUUACGUAUUCGACUUGGUGGUCUUAAGGCUUUCUACAGAGAUAAAGCCUUUACAAAGGCCACAGAGGAUUCGAGGGAAUAUUGCAUGGGAAUUGUAAGGGAGGCCCUGGCAAACAGAGACUCACCCAAGUCCAGCUCAGACCAGUCAUAUGUAUUUCUUCAUGAGCUUAUGAAACAGAGCCAAGAUGAAAAAAUGUUGGCAGAUCAACUCCUCAAUCUGUUAUUGGCUGGUCGUGAUAGUACAGCCGGCCUUUUGAGUAUUUUAUUCUUGACCCUGGCGAAACGACAAGAUAUAUUACUCAAGCUUAGAGAAGAAGUUCUCCCGAAACUUGAUGGUAGAAAGCCUUCAUUCGAAGAUCUGAAGUCAAUGACAUAUCUAACAUGGUGUUUAAAAGAGACACUCAGAGUCUAUCCUAUUGUUCCAAUAAAUGUGCGCGUGGCAAACAAAAAUACAACUCUUCCCACUGGGGGCGGGCCAAAUGGAAAUCUACCAUUAUUUAUACCUAAAGGGCAAGAGGUGAUGUACAGUUCUUUUAGUAUACACCGUCUACCGGAGGUCUUCGGAGAAGACGCUGAAGAGUUUCGACCUGAAAGAUGGGAAGGACUGAAGCCAGGCUGGGCAUAUACACCAUUCAGUGGAGGACCGCGGAUUUGCCUUGGACAACAAUUUGCGAUGACCGAAGCUGCUUAUACCACAGUCCGAAUUCUUCAGGAAUUUGACCAUAUUGAAAGCCGAGAUCCCGAGCCUUUCAAAGAGAAUGUAACGCUCACUCUGGCUAGUCAGAAUGGUACAAAGGUUGCUUUGACAUCCUCACAAAAACAAUAA